UUUUUUUUUUUGCGCGAAAAGAGAAGGAACAAAAAAAUAAAAAUAUAAAUAAUAAAAAUAAAAAUAAAAAUGUCGUAUUCACCAGAACUUUCACCCAUUGAUUAUUCUGACGAUGAAAAACAAGUCAUUACAUCACCUGUUGCACCACCUACCAUCAAAUUGAAAUUAAAGCUAAAUCCUUAUCCAACCACAACCACCUCCGAAGAUAAAAAAAAGCGCAAGCAUAAAAAAAAGCACAAGAAGAAGCAUAAGAAAGCCAGACAUGAACGAGAAGAGGAGGAGGACGAUGAAGACGAAGAAGAAGAAGUAGCAUUUAAUAGACCCCAUGCUCAUGUCGGUGGUAAAAGACCUUUUGCCAUGUUACAGCAACAGCAGCAACAGCAACAACAACAACAACAACAGCAACAGCAGCAGCAACAACAGCAACAGCAGCAACAUGUGUAUCAUCAUGAAGAGGAGUCAGAGUCAGAAUCCUAUCAUCCAACCGAUACAAAGAGAGCAAGACGAGAGGAUACAUCUUAUCACUAUGAUCAACAACCAAUAGAUCAUCCACCACCCAUCAAGCAAGAACGACGUACAUCUUCCAUGAAAUCGAAUUCCACGCUGAACGGAGAAAAACCAAAAAAAAGAGGCAGACCUACCAACAAGGCCAAAGCUGCAGCCAUUAUUGCCCAAUUACCACCAAAAGUACCAGAGGUGCCCAAGAAAGAUAUGAAAUCCAUCUUUUUAAAAUUAUUAGAUACGGUGCAAAAGAAGGACGCAUAUGGAUUUUUCCUUGAACCUGUCAAUCCACAGCUUGUACCUGAUUACCUCAAGAUUAUCAAGCAUCCUAUGGAUUUCUCUACGAUGCGAAGAAAGGUAGAAGAAGGAGCGUACACAACAGUCGAUUUAUUCAGACACGAUUUCAACCUGAUCACCACGAACGCAAAGAUUUAUAAUUCGGUCGAAACCAUCUACUGGAAAUGUGCUGAGAGAAUUCGAGAGGCAGGAUCUAAACUUAUUGACCGUGCAGAGAAACAGAUUGAGGAAGAGAAAUUAACUGCACCUGCUCCCAAAGUGGUAGAAAAGAGACAAGAUAGCUUUUCGGCUAGGAAGUUAUCCAUCUCAUUUUCAGGCAGAAAGGAUUCAUUUGGUAUCAAGGAAGAAGAUGUGGAUAUCAUGGGGAUCGAUAAUAAUAUACCUUCAUUACGUAAACAGAGUAGACAGGGUUCUGAAUUAAAUGCGAGAGAAACCAGUGUGGAUAUGUUGGGCAAUGGGCGUGCCAUCACACCUAUUCGUUCCAUCACAAAUACACCUUAUAAAAAGAAGAAGAAGAAGGUUGCGGAUACAGGUGUGUUAUAUGCACCCGAUGGCUCACUUCAUAUCGUUGGAGGUGUCAAUGAUCUUGCUUCACUUUUACCGACCGAUCAUUCAUUUGCUCAACCACCUCAGCUUACCACCUCUAACCCUGCUGCACUUCCUUCUGCCUUCUUUUUAAAUCGAAAUUCAGCUGACGAUUUCUUUCAUAACAAGCAUCUGGUGCAUUCUGCCCAUUUCUGUGAUUAUGGACCCUUCACGACAUUAGGUGGUCAACCACCAGGGGCUUUCUAUACAGCUCAGGAUGCUUCGUAUAUUUAUCCGUUGUACGGAGAUGAUCGAGGGGAAGCCUAUAUGAAGAGCUUAUGGGACUUUUUAGACAAGGACGAUGAUGAAACCAUGGUAGCUAAAAUUGAAGAGAAAUCCAACUAUUUAACCCGUGGUGCAUGGAAAGUGGUUCAGCAAGUGGUGGAACGAAAGAAUGAUAAUAAGACUGGGCAAAUGAGGCAUUAUGAUGUGGUUCAAACAGAAUUUGGUCCCGUAAAUGCUGCUGCUAUUGUGGAUAAGAUUGAAUCAAAACGAAUGAACGACACUGAUAAAUCUGAUUCCAUUCCAACAUCUUAAAAAAUAUCAAAAAGCAACCCUGGGUUUUAAAAAAACAAAUAAAAUAUCCUUCUUUUUUUUAAAAAAAA